AUGCUUUUCACAUCGCUUUCUCUCCUCAGCAUCGCCUCUGUGGCUCUUGCCCAUGGCAAUCAUGACCAGAAGCAGAUGGAAGGCCCCCAUCAAUCACUCUGGUACAACAGAUUACCUGGUGAUGGCGGCACUCAAGCCGACUCUGUCUUCUCAGGGAUCAGUACGUUUGGACGUCUCCCAUAUCAACCCUGCCUAGGUCACAACAGUAUCCAGUAUGACAUCGCCUUCAUCGGUGCUCCCUUUGAUACAGGUACAUCGUACAGACCUGGUGCUCGGUUUGGACCUUCCGGUAUCCGACAGGGCUCCCGGCGACUUAAUCUCUAUGGAGGCUACAAUGUCCCGCUCGCUACCAACCCGUUCAACAGCUGGGCUACAGUCCUGGACUGUGGUGAUAUCCCUGUGACUUCCUAUGACAACAAGUUUGCGCUUCAACAGAUUGAAGAAGGGCAUUACAGUCUCCUCUCGCGACCACCCAUGACAGACGCGGAUAAGGUCGGUCCGGCCAGUAAAGGAAAGACUCUGCCUCGAAUCAUCACUCUCGGAGGUGAUCAUACCAUCACUCUGCCUCUGCUGCGUUCCAUCAAUCGAGCAUAUGGACCGGUUACUGUCAUUCAUUUCGACAGUCAUCUUGACACCUGGCGGCCAAAGGUUUUCGGCGGUUCCCCCUCCGAAGCCGCAAGUAUCAACCACGGAACAUACUUCUACCAUGCCGCAAUGGAAGGUCUCCUCGUAAACGACACCAACAUCCACGCGGGCAUCCGCACUACUCUCAGCGGCCCCAGUGACUACGACAACGAUGGAUACUGCGGCUUUGAGAUUGUCGAAGCUCGUGAAAUCGAUACCAUAGGAACAACUGGUAUUAUUGAGAAAAUUCUCAAGCGCGUCGGUCCAGAUCGUCCUGUCUACUUAUCAAUUGAUAUCGAUACACUUGACCCGGCUUUUGCUCCUGCCACCGGUACGCCUGAGACUGGUGGAUGGUCGACUAGAGAAUUGAGGACGAUUAUUCGAGGAUUGGAGAGCUUAAAUCUGAUCGCUGCGGAUAUUGUUGAAGUUGCUCCUGCUUAUGAUACCAAUGCAGAGCAUACUACCAUGGCUGCUGCUGACGUUCUUUAUGAAGUCAUGUCCAUCAUGGUUAAGAAGGGACCUCUCAGCCGCAUGAUGGACGGCAAGAAAGACGAAGAGCUUUAG